AUGUCAAACGAAAAAAGCGAAAAACUUGGACAAUUAAAUAAAUUUGAAUAUUUAGACCAUACAGCAGAUAUUAUGUUUCAUACAUGGGGUGAUAGUUUAGAAGAAGCCCUUGAACAAGUAGUAUUAACAAUGAUGAACUAUAUGGUAGAAUUAGAAACAGUAGAGUUGGAUGAUACCGCAACUGAACAAACCAUUUCUGUUCAAGGUCACGAUAUGGAUUCAUUAUUAUUUGCAUUAUUAGACGAAUUUUUAUUUGUUUUUAAUACAGAAUUCAUAAUAUUUAAACAAGUUACAAUAAAAUCAAUCGAUAAAGAGAACUUUACAAUUGAAGCUAUUGGCAAAGGAGUAGAAUUAGAUAAAUCAAAACAUACAACAGGAACUGAAAUUAAAGCAAUUACAUAUUCAUGUAUGAAGAUUGACGAAAAACCAGAUAGAACCGAUAUUCAUUGCAUUGUGGAUAUUUAA